UUUUUUUUUUUUCCAUCUUGACGACACGUAUAUUAUCAUGGACGAAGAAUCAGUUUUAUUCGGUAUUCGCAAUCUAUUUGCUCUUGGCAAUUAUCAAGCUUUGAUCAAUGAAGUCACUUCAACUCGUAAUCUUCACUCACCUGAUGCCAAAUUAGAAGCUCAAAUUUAUUUAUAUCGUUCCUAUGUGGCUCAAGGCAAAUACAAUCUAGUUCUUUCUGACAUUCAAGAUACUGAUGCAGAUGCUGGUUUGAAAGCUGUUCGUCUAUUGUCCCUUUACUUGCAACAAAAAUCAAAGGCACUACCCACUGAUGACCUCGUCCAACAAGCUAAACAAUUCUUUGAAGAAGGUUCUCAUCGUGUCCAUCCUGUUGUUCAAGUUGUUAUCGCCACGCUUCUUGUCAAUGCUGGAAAAUACGAUGAUGCACUUCAAGUAUUGCAUGUUCGCACAAAGAAAUUGGAAUGUGUGGCCUUGGCUGUUCAAAUAUAUUUACAAAUAGAUCGAUUAGAUUUGGCUCGUAGUGAAGUCAAUCAUGCCAAAUCUUGGGCUGAAGAUGCUUUGUUAUUACAAAUGAUGGAAGCCUGGGUUGGUUUACGAGUGGGUGGUGAAAAAUAUCAAGAAGCAUUCUAUAUCUUUGAAGAAUUUGGACAAUCCAGUACAGGUCAAACAGUUCGAGUAUUGAAUGGUCAAGCUACAGCUAACCUUGCAAUGGGAAGAUAUCCUGAAGCUGAAAGUCUUUUACUUGAAGCUUUAAACAAGAACAGUGAUGAUCCUGAAACUUUGGUAAAUAUGAUAACAUGCUCAAAUUUGAUGGCCAAGACACAAGAUACAACAACCAGAUAUAUCAAUCAAUUACGUGAAGUAGCUCCUCAACAUCCCUUCUUGGUGGAUUUGGAUCUCAAAUCAAGUUUAUUUGAUCGAUCAGCAACUCGAUUCAGUUUGGUAGAUGCAUCCUAGUUUCUUUUUAUUAGUUUUAAUAAAAAAACAACACAUAAUCUUUCAAUAAACUCUUUUCAUACAAACCUAACGCUUGCCUGCGG